AUGCUAAAGGCCUUCAAACUGUUCUCUGCUACUUCUGGUUUACAAAUUAGUGAACAAAAGUCAGACUUUUAUACAGCAGGGGUUAAUCAGGAGUGUAUUCAGAGAAUCAAAGUUGUUACAAAGUUCACUUACAGCAAGCUUCCAUUCAAGUACCUUGGUGUGCCUAUGUGUGCAAGAAAAAUCAGGGUGGCUGAAUGUAAUGGGAUUAUUGAGAAGAUGUGUGCAAGGAUAAAAGUUUGGAGUAGUAGGAAUCUAUCAUACAUGGCUAGAGUAACUCUAGUGAACUCAGUUCUACUCAGCAUCCAUCAAUAUUGGGCUCAAAUGUUUAUCAUUCCCAAAGCUGUUUUAAAAGAAAUUGAGAAAAUUUGUAGAGCCUUCCUUUGGACUGGAGAAUGGAGCAGUAAUAAAUCAGGUAAUGUAGCUUGGGAGCAUGUAUGUUUACCUAAGCAAGCAAGGGGUGUGGGUUUUAGAAAAAUCCAACUUUGGAAUGUGGCUACACUAGCCAAAUAUGUUUGGGCUAUUUCUACAAAACAGGAUAACCUGUGGGUGAAAUGGGUGCAUGAGGUAUAUGUAAAAGAAAAUAGCUGGUGGGAUUAUGAUCCUCCAAUUGAUAGCUGCUGGUAUUGGAAACAAAUUUGUAAAGUUAAAAGCAAAGUGAAACUGUUAUAUAGUGAGACUGAAUGGAAGAGUAUGACUAAGUUUUGUGUGCAGAAAGUCUACAAAAAGCUGAUUGGGGAACACCCUGCUGUACACUGGGAUAAACUAAUAUGGAAUAGAUUAGUUAUCCCAAAGCACAGGAUGAUAGGUUGGCUGGUGAUGAAACAAAGGCUAAGAACUUUAGACAUUCUGGUGAAGAUUGGAGUUCAGGAUUCAAGCUACUGUCAGUUGUGUGAGCAUGGUAAUGAAACCCAUAAUCACCUCUUCUUCCAAAGUCCAUACUCAGCUCAAUGUCUUAGUCUGAUUAGGGGCUGGCUUGGAAUGAAAAAUCAUCAUAACAUCUUUGCACGACAGCUGCAUUAUAUUAUGAAGAGCAAGAGAUCAGGGCUGCAAAAGAGAGUUCUGGCUGCUGUUUAUAGUGGGCUAGUAUACCAGCUGUGGUGGGCUAGAAAUGAAGCCAUCUGGAAUCAUGUUGUAUGGAAACCAGAAAUCUUAUUCAAGAAACUGAAGCAGCUAGUACAGCAAAGAAUUAGACUAGUGCUUCCUCAGAAAAUUAGUGCUAGAGAUCAAAGUUGGAUAGAUCAAACGUUGAUGAAUGUAUAG